CAGAUCUCACCGUCCCACGGCGGCUCCUCCUCCGUCCCCAACCCCUCUCCUCCCAAAACCCUCGCUCGACUCAUCAACGAUGCCGGAGAAGCGGCCCAGGACACAGAUGAAGAGAACUGCCAGCAUUACUGGCGGUCUGGAUCUUGCUUCCGCCGCCGCCGCCGCCUCUAGAUCCCUCCGUCGGAAAGUCGAAGAUUUCGCCCAAACCGCUGCUAGUUUCUUGAAUGCGUGUUCCCUCUGCAAACGGCGUCUCUUUCCCGGCCGUGACAUCUACAUGUACAGAGGAGACAGCGCAUACUGCAGCGAAGAAUGCAGAGAACAACAAAUAAGACAAGAUGAGAGAAUAGAAAAGUGUUUAUUAAUUGCACCAAAGAGUAAGGCAGCCGCCACAACGGCCACCACGCCAGCCACCGGAUCGGAGGCGGUUGCAACCACCAGCGAAACCAUCGCCGCCCUGUAAAUUAGAUAAUUUUAGCAGCUUUCUUGUUAGAAACCACUCCCCCCCUGUCUCUUAGUUAAGUUUCCACUUGCUUUUUCACGAAGUUUUAGGAUAAUGAAAUUGUAUGAUGGAAGUUUAUGUAAGAGAUGGAGACACUUCUUUCCCUUAUUCGAAUAAGAACUUCUUUAUGGG